UUAAGCAAGUGGACGCUAGCUAGCAACCUCGAUCUCUUUUUUCCCCAACCAUGCGCAUUUGCCUAUGCCAGAUUCUAGGAUUGAUUUUCAUUUCUACCAUAAAGUAAACUACACAACCAAUGACCGUGGCCCCCUAAUAAAAUCACAACAUAUAUAUGCAUUUUCCACUUCAUGAACCAUUAAUUACAAGUUAAAGUGUUAAACACUAACAAGUACAACACAAACCUAGCCACAAUAUUCAUUCCUCCACGUACCAUCGAACAUUAAUUUCUUUCAUGAGGAUCUUAAAUCUCUCUCUUUUGGUCCUCACAUUUACCAUUUCCCUAUCUUCCUUCUCAUUUGUCAAUGCUUUCAAACGUUGUCCAAAUUGUGGCCAAACUAGAGUGCCAUACCCAUUGAGCACUGCCCCAAACUGUGGUGACCCAUCCUACAAGAUUCGUUGCACUGGAGGAACACUCUUCUUCGACUCCAUCAAUGGUUUCUCUUAUGCGAUCACCGCCAUCAACCCCACUACGCAGCGUUUCAUUCUCCACCCAUCAGGUUUCUUAAACAACACGUGCAUGUCCACCGAUUUCCCAAACGAAGGGAUUUGGCUCGACACCAACUCCCCCUUCAACAUUACCUCCAGCAACACGGUGGUCCUCUUAAACUGCUCCAACAACGUCUUUACCACACCGCGGAACUGCUCGUUAUCGAGCAUUUGCCACAAGUAUGUGAAAGAAAAUGAUGUGGCAGCAAAAAUAUGCGGGGCACGGAGUCAUACCCCGCAGACAUGCUGCCACAUCAAAACUGGUGGGUCUGUCACUGCUUAUAGGAUAAGGGUGAGGAAGGAACGGUGUUCCGCGUAUUUUAGCUUUCCCAAUUUGGAUCCUUCUUUGCCGGUGAGUAUGUGGCGGCCAGGGGUGGAACUAGAGUGGGAGUUGCCGGAGGAGCCGUCGUGCAGAGUUAAUGAAGAUUGCUUGGAUUUGGAAAACUCCGUUUGUUCGCCGAAUCCGAUGAUCGGUGGAUCGAGGAAGUGCAUGUGCAAGCGUGGCUAUGAAUGGGAUUCUGUAAACGGAAUAUGUCAAAGCACAACAUUGUUAGCAAUCGCCACGCUAACAACGGCCAUGAUCACAACAUUGGUGUUAUACCUUCGUAGGCAAAGGAUCAAAGGAGAAACCGAACAAAGCCUAAGCAGGGCACGCGACAUAUUAAACGCAAACAAUAGUGGCGGCAGAUCCGCAAAGAUCUUCACCAUGAAAGAGCUCACAAAGGCAACAAGCAACUUCUCCAAAGCCAACCUCCUAGGUUUCGGCGGCUUCGGCGAGGUCUUCAAAGGAACCCUAGACGACGGAACCAUCACAGCCAUCAAGAGAGCCAAACCCGGCAACAUAAGAGGCAUAGACCAAAUCCUAAACGAGGUCAAAAUCCUCUGCCAAGUCAACCACAGAAGCCUCGUGAGACUGUUAGGGUGUUGUGUUGAACUUCCCGAGCCCCUUCUUGUGUACGAAUACGUCCCCAAUGGAACCCUUUUCGAGCACCUUCACCACCACCACCACAACAACAACUCUAGUAAAGGGAUUCGACUCGGGUGGCAUUCGAGAUUGCGAAUCGCGCACCAAACCGCUGAAGGAAUUGCAUAUCUUCACAAUGCAGCUGUGCCAAGAAUUUACCAUAGAGAUAUAAAAUCUAGUAACAUUCUUUUGGAUGAUAACCUUGAUGCCAAGGUUUCUGACUUUGGUCUUUCUAGGUUGGUUGUGAGUGAUGCAACACACAUAACCACGUGUGCUAAGGGGACAUUAGGGUAUCUUGACCCGGAAUACUAUGUGAACUUUCAGCUCACGGAUAAGAGUGAUGUGUAUAGCUUUGGCGUGGUUUUGUUGGAGCUUUUGACUUCGAAGAAGGCGAUUGAUUUCAAUAGGGAAGAGGAGGAUGUGAACUUGGUGGUUUUGAUUAAGAGGGCUUUGAGGGAAGGGAGGUUGAUGGAUAAUGUUGAUCCUAUGCUGAAGAGUGGUGAUAGUAGGUUGGAGUUGGAAAGUAUGAAGGCGUUUGGGGCUCUUGCUAUUGCGUGCUUGGAUGAUCGAAGGAAGAAUAGACCUACGAUGAAAGAUAUUGCUGAUGAGAUUGAGUGCAUUAUUGGCAUUCUUGUUGGUGCUAAGGUUGAUGGUUUGGAGGUUUAGGAUUGGGAACUCAUUGGUCAUUACUCUAUCUAUAUAUUAUUUUUUUGUCAUAAUGUUUUUGGUGUCAAGUAUUACCGAUUUUAGUUGUCACU